AAGAUGGUUUCCCCAACAAUCUUGGGCCCUAGCCGGGCGCCUUUUCCGGCCUUGGCAGGGGGCGGGGUCCAUUGAGUAAAGAGCCUUGCGUGCCGGCGCCCGCGACGGGGGCACGUAUCAGGGCGCAGGCGCAGGGAGGGGGUUGGGAGGAGGGAGAGCGGCGAGUAAGAUGGAAGAUGAGGAGGUCGCUGAGAGCUGGGAGGAGGCGGCAGACAGCGGGGAAAUAGACAGACGGUUGGAAAAAAAACUGAAGAUCACACAAAAGGAGAGCAGGAAAUCCAAAUCUCCUCCCAAAGUGCCCAUUGUGAUUCAGGACGAUAGCCUUCCCACCGGCCCCCCCCCACAGAUCCGCAUCCUCAAGAGGCCCACCAGCAACGGUGUGGUCAGCAGCCCCAACUCCACCAGCAGGCCAGCCCUUCCUGUCAAGUCCCUAGCACAGCGGGAGGCAGAGUACGCAGAAGCCCGGAAGCGGAUCCUGGGCAGCGCCAGCCCUGAGGAGGAACAAGAGAAACCCAUCCUCGACAGGCCAACCAGGAUCUCCCAACCUGAAGACAGCAGGCAGCCCAAUAAUGUGAUCAGGCAGCCUUUGGGUCCUGAUGGGUCACAAGGCUUCAAACAGCGCAGAUAAAUGUGGGCAAGAAAGAAUGCCACCGCUGCCGCCAUCACCACCUCCUGGGUCGUCCGCCACGGGUUGCACUGCCAUGGCAGACAGCUGGACUUGAGCAGAGGGAAGGACCUGAUUUACUUGCACUGUGAUCCCCUUUGCUCCGCCCACUGUGACCUUGAACCCCAUGCACUGUGACCUCCUCCUUUCCCCCCCUUCCCACUGUGAUUGGCAUGUCUACAAGGGCUGUCCCAAGUCAAUGGAAAGGGAAAGGGUGGGGGUUAGGGGACUUAAGAGUAGAGAGUCAGACAGUGCCACUUGGCCACUUGGGGUAAAGCCAGUGCCAGCAAUAACAGUUUAUCAUGCUCAUUAAUUUGGGACUUCAAAACAAAUGAGAACUCCUGUCCACCCACCCCCAAGUGCAUGUCUUCAUCACUUAAAAGCAAGUUCCAUUUGAAAAAUAUCCUUUCUUUUUUUUUUCCUUCCUAUUUUUGUUUGUUUAUACAGAUAUCUGAUUUGCAAGAAAAAGUGCAUGGGAGGGGUUUUAGCAGUUUAAUGAAUUUUUAAUUAAGAAAGGGUAGUUUGUUAGUCUACUUAAAAAUGUUUCUGGGAAAUUCACUAGGAACAUUAACCAAUAGGUUUUUGGUGAGCUUAGCUUCUGUAUUCCUACUGCCGCCCAGAAAAGGGGCAGGGCUCUGUAGCCCCCAGGACAGAUGAGCACCCCAUGCCUAUACCUCCCUCCCCACAGCUAAGUCCCAGAGCAUCAUGGCCCUACCUGGAGACUGGGCUAGUUCUAUAGGCUCAGAGAGCCUGGGGAGGGUUCAACCCCACCUCUAGUAUUUUGGGAGAUAGGGAAAGUGGACAGACUUUCCCUUCCCAUUCCCCUCAGGGUGGUUCCCUACCAGCCAGGCUUGCUACUUCUGGAAGAAAGCGGGGAGUGAGACUGCACUCCUGAGCUUGGAAGUAAAUGAUGCGAGGCUUGCUCAGUAUGUUGCUGGCAGCACAAGGAAAGCUAGGAGAGUCUGGCUCCAGGUAUCAGCCUCCUGCCUAGUGUGGUUAGAAGGUGUCUGUGGAGUGCCAUCUCUAUUGAUGGCAUCAACUUGGUAAUUAUACCUGGUACAUUUCCUUUGUGAAAUCACUACCUUGAAAGCAGACCAUUCUGAACACAUAUGGGAAAAGACAAGCUGUGCAUUGCAAAGAUUGGUGAUGACAGACUGGUUCCCCCAUAGAUCUAGGCUUCCCUUCACCCUUUUUUCCAGAGCAAGAGCCUGGAAUGAAAGCAGUUUCCUCUCUGUCCCUGGAGUCUAGAGAUUUGCUUUGGCUCCUGGAGGUGGAAGAGACUAAGAGGGCAGCUGCCUAGAGCAGCUCUGUGUGUGUACAAUCUGGCUCCUCUCAGGCUUUCUCUGGUCUCUUCUGUUGCACUGCGCCUUAUUCCUCAGCCAGCCAGCCAGCCAGCCAGCCAGCCCCCCCACUCAGUGGAUGAGUUUUGGAGUGGUGGGUGUGACGUUUUUGUGAUUAGGGCAGCUUGUGGUGGCCAAGGUGGCAAGCUAAGUUUUGGAGGCUCACUCCACCUUUAGUUCAUCUAGCUCUUGGCCUUGCCCUGUGGGAAUGUAGGCCAGGCUCAGCAAGCCAUGUGCCACUACAUAUUCCCCUUUGAAGGAAGGGCCAGCUGCCAGUUGAAUCAGCAACUAGACCAUAGCACAGUCUUGUGACCUGUGUGGAGCCAGGAGAUUGUCUGUGAGCAGAGCUGGAACAGAGAGCUUCAGUCAGGAACCUACAGGGUGUUGAAUUGGGCCCAUAGACUAUUGUGAUGGGGAAUUACCUUCAGGCGUGGGCAAGGGAAACGGUUGGCUGUUGUCUUUAUAGUUCCACUGCCCUGCCAGGUUUCCUCAUUCUAAAUGUAGUGUCCAUCCCUCAUGUAAUAGUGGUUUCUGGCCCAAAAUGAGAUUGUCCUUUCAGUUGGAGAAGGGUAUAGAGGUAGGCCAGGUGGAAAGGCCAGAAGUGCUGAUUGCCCAGCCACUGGGACAACCUGUUCUUGCCUCCCCCUCCCCUAAUGGAGCCAGAGGGAAGACUAGCUGAUGGGUGUCUGUGGACUGAAGAUAUAGUAGGGACUGGUGCUCCCACCUCCCUCUGGCCAAAGAUGGGGCUCUGCCCGCUGUGUGCCUGUCACCACCCACUAGUAGUCAUAUCCUUGGCUUCCCAGAUGGAGAGGCAGCAAAUUUUUUUUAAAAAGAAAUGAAAACAGGAAACUAUUGUGUUGGGGGAGGUGGGAGGGGAGACGGG